AGCAGGUGCAUACGAUCGGCGUAGGUAGCUUCGAUAUCUCUCUCACCGCGGUGACGAUGGCUUACGGAACGAUAGCUACCGUGCUGUAUCUCGGUGCUGCUUUUGCUCCCAUUGCGCUGGGAUCUCAGCCGCAUGCGCCUAACUCGACGUACUACAAUCCCGUAUUGCCGGGAUUUCAUCCCGAUCCGAGUUGUGUAUUUGUUCCGGAGUGGAAUCAAACGUUCUUCUGCGCGAGCUCGAGCUUCAACGCCUUUCCCGGCAUCCCACUACACGCAAGCAAAGACUUGCAGAACUGGAAACUGAUAGGGCACGUCUUGAAUCGGCGAGAGCAGUUGCCGCGACUGGCCGAAACGAACAGAUCAACAAGCGGAAUCUGGGCGCCAGCUCUGAGGUAUAAUGAAGGGACGUUCUGGCUCGUGACUACUCUGGUGGACGACGACCGAGCGACAGAAGAUGCUUCGCGAUGGGAUAAUGUCAUAUUCAAAUCCAACGAUCCCUACGACCCAGAUGCGUGGUCUAAAGCAGUCCACUUCGAGUUUGAAGGCUACGAUACCGAGCCCAUUUGGGAUGGCGGGAAGACCUACAUCUCCGGCGCGCACGCCUGGAGAGUCUUCCCCGGGAUCUUGUUGGCUGAAGCCAACUUAGAGACCGGUGAAGUAGGCGAAUGGGAGGUCAUAUGGAAUGGUACUGGUGGUAUGGCACCGGAGGGACCUCAUAUAUACCGCAAAGACGAUUGGUACUAUUUACUAGCCGCCGAAGGGGGGACGGGGAUCGACCACAUGGUGACGAUGGCAAGGUCAAAGAACAUAUAUGGCCCCUAUGAAUCCAACCCCGCAAAUCCCGUAUUAACGAACGCAAAUACGACUAAUUACUUCCAGACCGUUGGCCAUGCCGACCUGUUCCAGGAUGCUGCAGGAAAUUGGUGGGGAGUUGCGUUAUCAACUCGCUCAGGUCCCGAGUAUCUGCAUUACCCAAUGGGUCGGGAGACUAUCAUGGUUCCUGUCACUUGGGAGGACGGAGAGUUCCCGGUCUGGUCUCCGUUGAAUGGGAAAAUGAGUGGAUGGGAGUUUCCUAUCGAGGAUUUAGAGAUUGACGGACCUGGUCCCUUCAUUUCCGAAGGGGAUGUCGUCGACUUUGAGCCGGGGUCGGAACUCCCGGCACACUUCACCCACUGGAGGUUCCCUAUCGCCGAUUCAUACGCGGUCUCACCUCCGGGACACCCAAACACGUUGAGGCUAAACCCGUCGAAGCUAAAUCUCACGGCCUUGAAUGGGAAUUAUGCCGGGCCCGAGGGCCAGACCUUUGUAGGACGUCGCCAACAGGACACCCUUUUCACGUACAGCGUCGAUCUAGACUUCUCUCCUUCGUCCUUCGAAGAAGAAGCCGGCGUUUCGGUCUUCUUGACACAGAACCACCAUCUCGAUUUAGGCGUCGUCAUGCUCCCGCCCAACAGCAGCACCGCGCCGUUCCCGGGCACGAAUAGCAUAGAGAGUUCGGCAGAGCUCAUCCCGCAGCUGAGGUUCCGCGGUGAAUCCUACGUCCCAGUACCCGACGAUGUGGUGGUCCCGAUCCCCGAGGCCUGGCACAAUAGGACGCUACGGCUAGAGAUCAAAGCCUACAACAUGACCCACUACUCCCUAUCCGCCGGCCCGGCGAAUGCUUACUCGGAGACGCGAACCAUUCUUGACGUCUCAAAUGAUCCUGUCAGCUGGGGCUUUACAGGUGUUAUUCUCGGGGUUUAUUGUACGAGUAACGGGUACGCAGGGACAACGCCGGCAUACGUCUCCAAGUGGAGGUACAUUCCACAGGGCCAAUUCAGAGACUAGGAUCCAGUGACAUUUGCAGAUCGUGCGGAAUUUUAAAGCACUGAAUAUAGCUCUUCUUAUUCUAGGAUAGAUAAUCGGCGGGCUCACUACGAUGAUAUAGGUGUAUAAUGUCAACAUCAGUUACCUGCCUCGAGAGUUGCAUACGAAGGUGAGAGAAUAAUCUUGUCCCGAAUUCGUCGAGUGUUUCUGUGAUGGAUCUUGACGCCAUUGGUUGGAUGUAAACGGAGACGGCUUCGUUAUGUAAAUAUCCCCGCGUUGAAUAUCCCCGCGUUGAAUAUUCUAGAGUGAGGCUAUGCAUAAAAGGGAGCGAUG